AUGUCUUACGUCUACCUCUUCAAGUACAUCAUCAUUGGCGACACAGGUGUAGGGAAAUUGUGCCUGCUCUUGAAUUUCACAGACAAGAGGUUUCGGCCCGAGCAUGAUGUCACCAUUGGUGUUGAGUUUGGCACUCGCAUGGUCACUAUUGAGGGUAAACCCAUCAAGCUCAAUAUAUGGGACACUGCUGGACAAGAAGCUUUUAGAUCCAUCACUAUAUCUUUCUACAGAGGAGGAGCUGGAGCACUUCUGGUUUUCAACGUAACCAGGAGGGAGACAUUUAGAAAUCUCACGAAAUGGCUAGAGGAUACAAGGCAGCAUGUAAAUCGUAACAUCACAAUCAUGCUCAUAGGGAACAAGUGUGAUCUUGCUCAUAAAAAGGUUGUCAGAAGAAAGGAAGGGGAGCAAUUCGCAAAGGAGAAUGGACUUCUAUACUUGGAAACAUCUUCAAAAACUGCUCAUAACGUUGGGGAGGCUUUCAUAAAAACUGCUGCAAAGAUUCUUCAAAAUAUAAGUGAAGGCGUGAUCGAUAUGUCGAAUGAGACGCCUGGAAUCACUAUUGGAUAUGGACUACCCCAAGGUCCAUCAGGUGCAAAUGAUGGAGUUGUUCCUUGA